AUGUCUACUCAGCACAACUACCUCGAGGAGGAGGAAGACUUCUCGGAGUUCUACAACAACCCCCUCUACAAGCGCGUCUCUGACCUGACCGAUCAUCAGCGAAAGCAUGCUUGCCCGCCUCCUCCCCUCCCUACUCGUCGUCGAGACCAUGGCCCCAGAGUCGCCCGAAAGUCUCCCCGCCAGCACCCUAUUCGGGUGCCCCCCCCUGGCCCCCCUCGCUCCCCCUCCCCACGACAACCCUCCCCACGCCGGGACGCCGAUAUUGUUAGGGCCUCCAUCCGAAGACACUCAUUCGCAAAGCCUCGACAGACCCCAAACAAGGAGGAUGCCCCCGAGCCAGAGACCGGCCAUGGGGCAAUCUUCAACGCGCACGUCGAACGCAACUUCCAGCAGAACGUCGACCGCGUCCUCGGCCCCGAACACGUUGACAAGUACGAGAACUGUGCCGACAUGGUGGAGAAGGCCAAAGAGGAGCUUGAGGACAAGCCUGAGGGAUCUCAUCGGCUCGGACGUCCCUGGACCAAGGAGGAGUUUGACAAGGCUGCGAGAUUGACGGAGUAG